GCUGAAAGUGACGUAAGCGAUCGAGUACGGCCCAUCGGGAACGGAUAGAGUUCAGAUGAGACUUCUUCGUUGACCUUGUGUUACAUAGCUGAUUACAAACAAACUACCAUCCAGAGCAAACAUGGCAACUCACAGUCUACCUGCCAUGCCUCCGAUGCCCGAACUGCCCAGCUCUGGAUUCAGGUUAUCUAAAGAGCACUUGGUGGUAGCAGUGCCCGUUGCAGUGGUUGCAGCUGUUGGAGGUUUCCUUGUCAGCCAUUACCUGAGUGGGCGGAGCUGUAAAAAGGGCCAGGUGAACUCGUCCAUUAGUAAAGACAGUCCCAAAGUGGUCCACAGCUUCGACAUGGAGGACAUUGGCACCAAGGCUGUGUACUGCCGCUGCUGGAGGUCAAAGAAGUUCCCUUUCUGCGAUGGAGCUCAUGCCAAACACAAUGAGGAAACCGGGGACAACGUUGGACCACUCAUCAUCAAAAAGAAGGAUGCUUAAGCCAAUCACUGAACUGUGCCCCCUCCCUGUUCUCUUCUGCCAGUCCCCAGUCCGUCCUAUUAUUAUUACUACAGUGUCACACUGAUGGUUACUGUAUGAUUGUUUCAUAUUAAAACCAAUGGAAAUUCUCGACAGCCCCAAAUAACAUGCAGAGUGCUAGAAAUGUCUUGAUUUUAUGAGCUCCAAUCUAAUGUUUCAUUAACCGACAGGCUUCAAAAUCAAAGGAUGUUUAAGGUGAGGUGAGGAGGGGGCUUCUUUAAUGAGCAGGGUCAGACAUAGACGCAUACAGCAUUGUACUUUCAAGCCUGGUGUAAUCCAUGUCCUGGUCCUUAUUGUCUCUGUCAGUUGUGUGCAGGCUGUUGAACAUAAUGAAGUGGCAGCACUUGGCUUCAGUCUUUUCAGUUUCCCCUCUUUUCAGCAAAGGCCUUAUAUUUCAACAUCAGCUCUUAACCUACGCUUGCUGAGGUAGUGGGUGUCACCUGUGGUAUGGUGUUUGGGCUUACACUUGUUACAUUACUUGCCAACAGUUCUCCCCCCUUUUCUAAAAAAAAAAACCAGGUCAUAAAUACUUAAACAAAACAGCUUACAUUUCAGAAAGAAAGUGUCUGUCCUUACAGCAGCAGCAGAGUCGCAGCUCAAAGCAUUCACAUCCACUUGGGCAGCCGCAGAACAACAUGUUGUCCUGGACGGCAGGCUUAAAAACCCUAUAGUUUAACCAAAGCAAAACAAAGUUAUUAGCUUGUUGUCCUGAUCCCUCUUGUUUUGUCUUUGUGGGAGGGAGUUUGUAAGUUUCAAGGAUGUGGAGGAUGAGAUGUUGCCAGUAUUCUCUUCCCCCUCUUGUAUAGUCUGCUCUCUUUAAAAUGUCAAGACAUUACCUGGAGGAGCUGCGUGUCUAAAUCACUUAAAUGACAUCCAGUCUCUUAGAAGAGAUCCUGUGUAAUAUCAGGUUAAGCUGACAUGAGAGUGCAGAUAAUUAUCAAGAGCAUUUAAAGCGAGCCAGUAGACGUGGUAAUGAUGCCUUUGAGAUGCAGGUGUUUGUUCCCUUGCCUCUGAUGUGCAUUAAUACUGCAGUUGCAUCAAAACAAAUGUUGAAGCAUUAUCAAUGCAAAACCGCUCAGUAUUAAGUCAUGUCCUGUUCCUCCUGCAUGCUGCUUAAGGUGUUGCCUAACCAAAAUACAUUAUUUCCAGUUGCUGAAGAUGCUUUGUUUUUGAAAAUAUCAAACACUAACAAUCUCAAUAUUUAACCGCCCUGCUUUACACAGCUUCCAUCUGGUUUGCUUUCUACUACUGCCUGAAUCCAUGUGAAUGCUGCAUAAAAUCUAGAUACUACAGAUACUGAGAUAAACGGCAGUUUGUAAAAUGUAACACAAAUGUGUAAUCUGUAACAUCAGAGUUGUCACAAGUUUAUGAACUUGACCGUGGCGCCCCUACCUCUAAAUCAGAGUACUGGCACAAUCACAGCCCAUAUGAAUGUUACAUGUUAUGAUUUUUGCACAAAGAGCUGCUCCAUCAGAUUGAAGAGAAGGUGUUUGUCUUAAAUGAAAUAAUAAUCAUCAAUCUUGAGAAGUGUUCAAAUGGUCUGCUGUUUCUGAGAGAACUUGUUUAAUCUGUAAGAUAUUCAGGGGUGAAAAGUUGGCUUUUUAAAGUCUAUAUUUUGCUUGCUCAGUAGAUUUAUUUUGUAUGGGGUUUGGUGUGUCUGACUUAUUCAUUUUUCUGUAAUGUGAAUAAAAAUUGAGUGAUCUGA